UUGACAGCUACUCCGGGAAGGACGCUGAGGAAGUGAAUGAUUUUUAUUUUUAAUUUUAAAAUUUUUUUUUUACAUAAACUGUAUUAUUUCGUUAUAAUGACGCGAGUAAAGCUGUGAAAAUUACACUGACAUUAAGAAAAACAUAAUUUUGCAUUUAGAGAUGGAGACUUUAAUCCCCAUCAUUAACCGGCUGCAGGAGGUCUUCCUCACCAUCGGAGCCGAGAUCAUUCAGCUCCCUCAGAUCAUCGUAGUUGGCUCACAGAGCAGUGGGAAGAGCUCUGUGCUGGAAAGUCUGGUUGGACGCGACUUUUUACCCCGUGGUUCAGGAAUAGUCACACGGCGCCCUCUAGUGUUGCAGCUGGUGAAUAUCCCGUCACUGGAGGAGCGCCGGAAACAAGAGAAUGGAAUCAAAGCUGAGGAAUGGGGAACCUUCCUUCACUGCAAACACCAGGUUUUUACAGAUUUCACCGAAAUUCGGAGUGAAAUUGAGGAGGAAACUGAACGCGCCACUAACAACAAGAGUAUCAGCGCAGAACCCAUCCACCUGAAGAUUUACUCGCCGAACGUUCUAAACCUCACCUUAGUCGACUUACCUGGAAUCACCAAGGUGCCAGUAGGUGACCAACCAGAAGAUAUUGAGACUCAGGUUCAGGAGAUGAUCCUGUCCUUCAUCUCCAACCCUAACUCUCUGAUUCUGUGCGUGUCUCCGGCGAACUCGGACCUGGCCACUUCAGACGCGCUAAAACUGGCCCGUGAGGUCGACCCUGAUGGUCGGAGGACUCUGCUGGUCAUGAGUAAGCUCGAUCUGAUGGAUGCUGGGACGGAUGCACUGGAGGUUCUGCUUGGCCGCAUCAUCCCUGUAAGGCUCGGCAUCAUCGGCGUGGUCAAUAGGAGCCAGCACGACUUGAACAUUCGGAAAAGCGUAGCAGAUGCGUGGCGUGACGAGCAAGCGUUCCUGCAGCGCCACUAUCCGUCUUUAGCGUCACGUUGUGGCUCACGUUACCUGGCCCGCACGCUGAGCCGUCUGCUCAUGCAUCACAUCCGCGACUGCCUGCCUGAGCUAAAGGCACGUGUGACGGCGCUGAGUGCCCAGUUCCAGGCGCGGCUGAGCAGCUACGGUCAGCCAGUAGAAGAUCACAGCGCCACCCUGCUGCAGAUCGUCACCAAGUUUGCUACGGACUACUGCAACACCAUCGAGGGCACGGCUCGACACAUCCAGACCUCUGAGCUUUGUGGCGGCGCCCGGAUUUGUUAUAUAUUCCAUGAGACGUUUGGCCGAACCCUGCAGUCCAUCGACCCGUUGGGAGGACUCGCCGAACUGGACAUUCUCACGGCCAUCCGAAAUGCCACGGGUCCACGGCCAGCGCUGUUUGUUCCCGAGGUGAGCUUUGAGCUGCUGGUCAAGAGGCAGAUUAAGAGACUGGAGGAGCCGAGUCUGCGCUGCGUGGAGCUCGUCCAUGAGGAGCUGCAGAGGAUCAUCCAGCACUGCUCAUCUUACAGUACACAGGAACUGUUGCGCUUUCCCAAACUGCAUGACUCAAUAGUGGAGGUGGUGACCGGUUUACUCAGGAAACGUCUUCCAAUCACCAAUGAAAUGGUCCAUAAUCUAGUGGCUAUAGAACUUGCGUACAUCAACACUAAGCACCCAGACUUCACAGAUGCUGCACAAGUGUCCGCUUCAGUCAACAGCCAACAGACUGAGUCACUGGAUGGAGGAAAGCGCUGGAAGAACGAUAAGAUGCAGUCAGAGGGAAAAGGCUCAGUGCCUGGAUUUGGAAGCCCAACCAAAGCAGUCAACCUACUGGACACGGCAGUGCCGAUCUCCCGAAAGCUGAGCGUGCGUGAGCAGCGGGACUGCGAGGUCAUCCAGCGCCUCAUCAAGUGCUACUUCCUCAUCGUGCGCAAGAACAUCCAGGACAGCGUCCCCAAAGCGGUGAUGCACUUCCUGGUGAACUUUGUAAAGGAGCGUCUGCAGAGUGAGCUUGUGGGUCAGCUGUACAGGCAGCCUCUGCUGCAGGAGCUGCUCAUCGAGUCUCAGGAAACGGCACAGCAGCGCACCGAGGUCGCCCACAUGCUGGAGGCGCUCCAGAAAGCCAACAACAUUAUCUCCGAGAUCCGAGAAACACACCUGUGGUAGCCAAAUCGUCAUUGCAGCAGCGACACGCCGAUGAGUGUGUGUGUUUACAUGUCUGUAUGUUUCACAUCCACGUCCAAUCGAUAUUUAAAUGCCUCAUAGAGCACAAGCAUCAAACAUGUAUAUGUAUAUCCACUCAGUUUUUCAGAUACUUUAUUAGUGUACAAACACAGGUGUCUUUAAAUCUGUAUUUUAUUGUGUGUGUGUGUGUGAGAGAGAGAGAGAGAGAAAGAGAGAGAGCCAGUACGACAAGCUUGCUUAUUUUGCCACUUUGAAAAUGCACUGAGCUUUAAUCGAAGCACUAGAUGCUUUCUGAUGUUUUCGAAAGAAAAUGACGCAAAACUCGAGUCGUUCUGUUUUUCUUCUUGAAUUUCUCAGUAAACACCAGGCAGCUACAAUUGCACUCGGAAGGUUUAUAGUGGACCAACUUCAUCAUAAUGAACACAGAUUAAUCAUGGUUUUUCUCGUACUGGAGUGUUUUUCAACCCAAUCCCAAUUUACUGCCUCUGUAGCGUACGGUAUGUACGGUAUGUGUGAUUACCUCAGAAAUCAGAGACCCUUUCCUGCGCUAAGAAAAUAGCAGAAAGACUAAUGGCUGAAUGGAAACGUUUCUUGACCGAGGUAAACAUGUUUUCUGUUCAGCAGAAUUCCAGUAUCCGCAGUAAUCAUACAGACACGAUCUAUAGAGAUCAAGCUGAAACACUGGAAUAUUCCUUUAAUCGAAGUCACGUGUUUGAACCCGGACUUAAUAUUUUACAGUUCGUCUUGUAGAGUGUCAAAAGUAAGGAAUAAAACGCAACAGGAUGUGCUGGUCAAUGCCUGGAGGGUGUUUUAUUCUUCUUAUAUCACAGCAAUUUGUUUAUUUGUUUAUAAUUUAUUAAACAAUGUCACGCUUUUUAAUUUUUUUGUAAUCUGUUUUCAGUUACCUUUAAUGUCACCGGGUGCCUGUUUUUUUUUUUUCCCUUUCUGGAAGUUAAUAACGCAAGAAAAAAAAAAGUACUACAAACAGCAAUUGUGGAAAAAUUACUGACUAUUAUGACCCUCUCGCAGUGCAGGCUCCUUCCAGAAAUCUUCACCACGUCACUGAGAUGUUUUUCUUUGUUAAAUAACACCACGGGUUUAUUGUUUGUUUAUUAUUCUAUCCACAUUCACUGGAUAUGAGCGGUCGUGCGCUCUGAUUGGCUACUCUACUACUAGGAUAUCAGCUCAUAUAUCUUGUCGUCUCAUUUUAUACAUGUAUUUAUGACUGAUCUGGAAGGCUGCCUUCACACCUGGUGCUUGGGUGGGUUUUUUUUUUUUGUUAGUUAGUUUUUCCGGAAAAAUGCUGUCCAGAGCUGACGCAACGCAAGGAUCAGCGAUCUAACUCGCCUAGUUUGCCUUUUAGAUUCAUGGUUUUCAGUAAUAAUGAUGGGUGGAACUGUGGUGAUAAGGAAGUUGUUCAUUUUCAACCAAAAAUGUUCAUUUUCCCACAUUUGGAAAGAUUGUAGUAAAAUAUAAUAGUCGAUUUACCUAAAAUAUUCCUUUUAUUACAAAAGAAAAAAGUAAAAAAUAAAUAGGCCUUUUCUUUAUAAACAUUUGUACUCCCUUCAUUUUCUUCUCUUUUCUUUAGCUUUCAGUAGUCUGUAAAAAGAAAGAGAGAGAGCUCUGAUUUCUUGUUAAAACUAUUUGUACAAGUCAAUCACACACCUCUUUCCCAUUUUACAUCUGUUUCUUGUGGCAUUAGAGCUCUGUUACUUCCACCUAGUUUGAAGUCACGUGCAUUCCUGCUAUUUAAAUAAUAUCGGCUGGCGUUGAGUGGUAUAUCAGAUAUAUUCCAUUCAGAUGGCAUGAUACUGAACGAGUCAAAUAGGAGGUCAAUAUCAUGCUAGCUGAAUGGAAUAUAUCUGAUAUGCCAUGAUUAAAAAGCCAGCCAAUAUUUAUUAUUAAUUAUUAUUAUACAGUACACAUUCCUUUCGGGUGUUCAACGCAUCUUUCUCUUUCAAAAUUCAUUCAAAAUCUUCUGCAUUUAACGAAGCAAACCUGGCGGCCAUGUUUGUUUACACAUUGUCCUAGUCGCUCGCUAGCGUGGAAUAAAACGCAACAGGAUGUGCUGGUCAAUGCCUGGAGGGUGUUUUAUUCUUCUUAUAUCACUGCAAUUUGUUUAUUUAUUAAACAAUGCCAUGCUUUUUAAUUUUUUGUAAUCCGUUUUCAGUUACCUUUAAAGGAACAG